AUGCAUCCGGAUAAGAAGGACAAAAAUGUAGCCUAUUUUCAAGAUCUGGAAAAGAAGCAUAAUGCUCAGCCAAGUGUAUCGAAACUUUUUUCGAUGGCUGCUAAGCAAGACUAUGACGGACUUCGAGCUUCAUACAAUAUCUCUCUGUUAAUUGCUGAAACAGGUAAACCACACACCAUCGGAGAAACGUUAAUUUUGCCGGCGAUAAAAGAAGUUAUAACUACUGUGUUCCAUAAACCGGCGGCAGAUAUAAUUCGAAAAAUUCCUUUGAGUGAUAGUUCUGUCCAAAGACGAACUGAUGAAAUGGCUGAAAACAUUGAAAAGUCAUUGUGCAAUCAUCUGAAGACUAGUAAAUUUUCAAUUCAGUUGGAUGAGUACACUUUACCAACUAAUGAAGCAUUGUUGUUGGCUUACGUGAGAUUUAUUAAAGAUGAAAAAAUAUGUCAAGAACUUUUAUUUACUAGAAAUUUAUAG